GGAACUACAGCUCCCAUCCAUCCGCUCAGCAGCACGCACCCCUCCCCUCCCGCCGCCAUCUUUGCGGGGCCGCCAUCUUUGCUCAGGGAGUCACCGCCCCCCGGCGGCCAGGCGCGCAGGCAGCAGCAUGGAGCGGGCGGCGCUGUGGGGGCUGCUGGCCGCCGUUGCUGUGUGGCCUUCGGGAGCGGCGGAUGGUGGGUCAGAAGAUGCCAAAUGGAAAGCAAUAACAGAUCAAAUUAACAGAGCUGUAGAAGUCUAUAAGCCAUGCGUAAAGGAGAAUUGUAGCUGCUACCAAAGUGUCUGGAAACAGGACCUGGCUCCUUUUCGAAGUGGCAUUUCCAAGGAGACAAUAUCAGAUGUGGUAAGCCGGAAGCUUGGAACACACUACCAAAUCAUUAAGAACAAGCUGUACCGUGAACAUGACUGCAUGUUCCCUGCAAGAUGCAGUGGAGUUGAGCAUUUCAUUCAUGGGAUCAUCAACCGCCUCCCUGAUAUGGAAAUGGUGAUAAACGUGAGAGACUACCCCCAGGUCCCCAAGUGGAUGAAACCCAUUAUCCCAGUCUUCUCUUUCAGUAAGACAGCUGAAUACAGUGACAUAAUGUAUCCUGCCUGGACAUUUUGGGAAGGAGGUCCAGCUGUUUGGCCAAUCUACCCAACAGGUUUAGGGCGCUGGGACCUCAUGAGAGAAGACCUCAGAAGAUCUGCAGAAAAAUGGCCGUGGAAGAAAAAAAUCUCUAAAGGAUAUUUCCGAGGAUCCAGGACGAGCUCCGAAAGAGAUCCCCUCAUUCUGCUGUCCCGAGAAGACCCGGAACUUGUUGAUGCAGAGUACACCAAAAACCAGGCUUGGAAAAGUGAGAAGGACACCUUGGGGAAGCCUCCUGCAAAGGAAAUUCCACUGGUUGAUCACUGCAAAUACAAGUAUCUGUUUAAUUUCCGGGGAGUGGCCGCCAGUUUCCGGUUGAAACACCUCUUCCUGUGUGGUUCACUCGUCUUUCACGUUGGAGAAGAGUGGUUGGAGUUCUUCUAUCAGCAGCUGAAGCCCUGGGUCCACUACAUCCCCGUCAGAUCAGACCUCUCUGAUGUCAGGGAGCUGUUGCAGUUUGCAAAGGAAAAUGACAACAUAGCGCAAGAAAUUGCAGAGAGGGGACGCCAAUUCAUCACUGAACACUUGCAGAUGGAGGACGUCUCUUGCUACUGGGAGCAUCUGUUGUCAGAGUAUUCGCAAACCUUGACUUACAAAGUGAAAAGGAGGAAGAACUACAAUGAGAUUGCUUCUGAAUGGUUGAAAACCGAACUGUGAGACUUCUCUGCUUUUCUCUUCAGCUCAGACUGAUCUCUCUGGAAAUCUGAAGAUGGGUGUAUCUUCUUUCUUGUUCUCUCAGGCUUAUUAUUCUUUACACUAGGACUGCAGAGAGCACCAAUAGGCUAACUUGAAAAUUAUUCCCAUGCACUGGGAAAUGGGUCUACUGUUGCCACGAGAACAUUCAGUUGAAGGUUGGAGUAUGGUUGUUUGCUGGGCUGGUUAUACUCUUGCCUGGAAGAGUGUUGCUGUAGAAUCAUGAAAUGGCCUGGGUUGAAAAGGACCACAGUGAUCAUCCAGUUUCAACCCCUCUGCUAUGUGCAGGGUCACCAACCACCAGACCAGGCCAGGCUGCCCAGAGCCACAAUCAUUUGGGAUUUUGUUACUGCCUGUCUCAGAGUGCUCCUAAAUCCCAUUCAGUCAAUGAGAUGCCUUGCUGCUCAUUUUACUGGACCUUUUGCCAAGUCCUCUGUGUUCAUGGCAAAGUAGUGUUUGCUGCGCUCAGCUGGGAGAUACAUGUCCAUUUUUGGCAGUGGUCAGUGUUUUCUCAGCUGUGUGAUAGCACUUGGGAUAUUAGGUAUAAGCUGACAGAAGCAGGUACUGGGAUUUGAGGUAACCUUUUUAGAUAGCUUAGAGCUUAGGGUUGUGAUGUUUAGGUCAAGCUUUUAAGGUCGAUGGCCAGACUUUGAUGGGCCAUUAAAAUGACAAAAUAUCCUUGCACAGGUAAAUUACCUACCUCACAAGGGAAUGGCUGGUGAUGAUAGCAUUGCCAUAAUGCUUGGCCUGAAUAGUGGACAGUCAAACAGCUGAGAUAAAGACUGCCUCCACUGUGGGGCAAUGAGCUGGAUCCAUGCACGGCCACGCAAAACUGAGGCUGUGUUAUCAAGGUCUCAGCUGUCUGCUGGCCAGAUAUCCUGGGACCCUUAAGAACCUGAAGAAAACAUACACAGAGGUAGACUGAGAAGUUCUUUUUUUUUUUCUAGAUGUUCAUAGGUUCUCUGCUCUGAUCCUCUUCUGUAAUCUUUCUAGGGCUUUUCACUUAAAGGCUGAUGGCACUUCUGCUCAGUCCAGCAUUCCCUUUUCUUUGGCCCAGCUGUUAUGCUCCUAUUCUCCCUCAGUCUGGUUGAGGGAAUGCCUUCAGUCGCACAGAGCCAGCUACUCCUCACAUUGUUUUUCUCUGUAUUAUUCUGAUGUCAGCUUUCUCUGUAGUCAUUUGGGAUCAGAGAAGAAAACACCAUCAAGAAGUACACACAGAACACACAUGCACUCAGUGACCUCAGCAGCCCCUCCCAUUCCAAUAGCGGGGAAGUAACCAUCAGUGGUAGGGCUGAAGCUGCUGGAGCAGCAUGCAGCUAUGUGCCACUGUGGGCACAGAAAACAAAUCGGGGUGUUAAAAUAGUUGGGUUUCAGGGUAAAGGGUCGAGUAGGAGUUUUGUACUUUUAGCCAAUGGAAACAACUCUGUGUAGUAUUUUUAACCGGUUUUUAAUGACGUGCUUUUGGAUUAAAACAAACAACAAAGA